AUGGAUUCCAAAAAGAGAGGAGAGCUUCUCGCUCCAACUUUUGAAAAACUUCAAAAGUUCUCUGAAAUGAUUACUGCUGCUCUCUUUGCUCCUCCCAUUCAUUGUCAAAUCUAUAAACAAAAAUUGAAAGAUGCUCAAGAAGUUGAACGAAUGGUUGAGGAAGAUAAUCAAAUUGUGGCAGUUGUGAAAGAAGCAUCUUCUCCUUCGGAAGGAGCUUCUCCAUCGCCUUCUAUUGAUAAUAAUUCAACUACUACUACGAGUAGCAAUACUACCAUGAAUAGUAGUAGUAAUAGUAGUCGGACUAGUAGUAGUAGUAGUGAUCAGAAUGUGAUGCAUAACAACAACAAUGGAGAGACUGUGUCAACAUCUUCGGUCACUUUACAAAAAGAUUCACACGAGGAGGAAGUGAAUUCCACAUCAUCACCUGAAUUGCAACAACAAUUUAAUUCAACGACCACCACUCCAUCAUCCGUAAAUAACACCUCAUCAUCCACUCCCCAAUCAACGUCAACAACUUCUUCUUUGUGUGAAGAAGAUGGAAUUGAAAAGAGAAAAAUCGAAGUCGAAGUGGAUUGGGAGAGUUUCAAUGAAUUGUUUAAUACAUUGUUUAAUGAGGGAGCUCCAGAAGUGAUUGAAACAAUUUUGAAUUCAUUCUUGUCCAAAUCAUGUGCAGCCUCUUUGAUUGGUACUUUGAUUUCACAGUAUUGUAAACCUCCACAAAACCAUAAUGAAAAAUCCAAACAUGUCCACAUUAGAGAUUUCCUCCAACAAAAUUUAAAGAAAUAUGUCAUUAAAUAUAGUGAUGAUCCACGUGACGUUGGUUACUACAAGGAUGGUGUGAUUGUCGACGUUGUAGAAAUUGAAGUCACACAAGAUGAAGAAAUUCAAUGGAUUUUCAGAGAUAUCACCAAAAAUCUCGAUCGAUGUACUGAUAUUCAACAAUUUAUUAUUGACAAAUACUAUGUCCCAGAAUUUGAGAGAAGAAUCUUGAAUGAAUUUUUACAUCCUCUUAAAUUACAAGUGAAUUGGGAUCACAUGAAAUAUGCUGCUAUUGACUAUUCGCGUGCGGUUGAGAGAAUUUAUAAGGAACAAUCUCAAUAUGUACUUGAACAAGUGUAUUUGGCAGUGAGUGACAUUUGUGCCUUUGAAGAAGAUGAUCUUGUUGACGCGCUGUCACUUGGUCUCACUACCAUUGCAAUCACUUUACAACCCAUUCCACACUCUGGAACUGGAGAAAAACCAAAGAAGGAUUUUGACAUUCAUGAAUCAUCAAAGACGUUGACAUUGAGACUUGUGUUAGAAGGUCAUGACAUGAAUGGAAUGUUUUUCAAAGAUGAAUUGAAGCCAAUCAUCAAAUUGGCUGGUUUGUACAAUACCGAUGUCACACCACUCUUCAAGUUUGAACUUUUAUCCUCUGCAGCACAAUUGUACAAAGUUCGCGAAUAUGCUGAUUUGAGUGUUUUAAAGAGAUUGUUGGCAAGAGCAGAUUUGAAUUGGUGGACUCCAACUGAAUCCGAAAAGGGUGUCAUUGAGAAGGCACGCUUAUUUAUUAAUGAAAAUACUCGUAAACGUGAUUUAAAGUUAAAACCUGGUUCUGGAAAUCAACAAAAUAAUGAUGAAAAUCUCAUGAAUAACUAUGACGACGAUGGUAUGCAAGAAGAGGAUGGAUUUGAUGAAGAUGAAAAUAUCAACAAUCCUUUCCAUGAAGAAAUUAUCAAAGGAUGGCAUGUGAUCAAGGUGAACAAACAUCAAAUCAGUCAAGAUCGUUACAUGGUUCUCACCGACAAAGCCUAUUGGACACUCAAAUAUGAACCCAAGACUGGUUUUGAUCCAAAACAUUUCAAGAGACAUGACAUUUGCAAUUUUUACUUUACUGAACAAGGUGACAUUGAAAAUACUAAAAACGGAGCCAUUCAAGGUUUGAAAGUGUAUCUCCAUGAAAAAAGAAAGAAGGGUAUCAUUUCAGCUGAGGACACUGCCGCUCUUGUUGGAGAUGGUAGAAAGAGUUCCAUCAAAGCUCGUGACUCUAUGAAAUUCACAACUUCUGCAGCAGGAAAACAAUUCGCCUUCUUGCAAACUUUGAGUUAUCAAUUAUUGCAAGACAGUGGUAUUCCAAGAACUCGUGUGAAAAAGAAGAAGGCUGAGAGACCAAGACCUGAUAGAAGUAAGGAAGUUGCAGAGUAUGCCAGUUUGUUUUUACCUCACAGUGAAGAAAAAGAAUUUGAUGUUGAAGAUAUUAGGAGCAUUUUGACAGAAAUUUCAUGGUGCUUGUUUGCCAUUGCCAAUGCCAACUCGAAGAGAAUUCAUCCAAAUUAUAAGGUCAUUGAACCAUUCUUCUCUGUGAAGGAUUUCACUGUACCAAAAUCAAAAUGGUUUUCUCCUUUUGUGAACAUGUUCAAAAGUCCAAAGAAGUCAACUAACAAGAAACGUGAGGUUGUCAAAUUGGAACGUAGAGCUGGCCAUUCAGCUUCUCAUAUCGGUGAACCUGGUAAUGGGGACACUGAAACCUCUUCCAACAAUACCGUGUAUGAACGUGUCACAAAGAAGAACCCACUCCCAGUUGGUCAACAACCUCUCAAAUCUAUUUUGAAGAUCCGACAAGAGGAACAAAGAAUUUCUUUCAAUCCAAACUUUAGAGCAGUCCCAACUGCCACUAGUGGCUACACUCCAACGGGUAUCAUUAUUCCAAGUGGUGAGGAACAAAAACAAACAAGAAGAAUUGUGUUCAAACCAACUGCUAGAGUUUUCUAUACUGGUAAUGAGGAUGAUUCAAAUACUGGAUUCUAUGCCGUCGAAGAAGACCUGAUAGAUGAGGAAGAAGAUGGACAAGGAUAUUAA